UUCCCCAUUGAGAUCGCCCAAAUUUUUGCUCCCCUUUUUCAUUAACCUUUUCGACGUUAAUUCAAGCAUUAAGGAAGUAGUUCCAACGUAAGCGAACCGAAAGAAGCUAUCAUCUUCUUGACCUUAUCCCUCCGCCGGUUUGCCAUGCAUGCAUGAGUCGUCAUCACCAAGACCGACCGGCCAUUGCUCUGCUCAAACAUUGCCUCCGAAUCAGCAAGACCGUCGACCAACUGAAGCAAUCUCACGCCCUCAUUCUCAAAACCCUGCCCGAACCGAACCCAGAUAGUCGCGAGGACGAACGUCUGCUGCCCUUCUUGCUCGUCAAGCUCCUCCGGGUCCCCGGCGACAACCUCCGUUAUGCACGCUACCUGUUCGACGAAAUGCCCCACGGCAGGACCCAGUUCCUCUGGGCUUCUCUCGUCCGUGCCCACGUCGCCGGUGGCCAGUUCACCCGGUGCAUCUCUUUGUACGCCCGGAUGCACCGCGCGGGCGUCUCGCCGUCGGCGUUUGUCUUCUCGUCGGUGCUCAACGCGUGUGCUCGUGCGCCGGCCCUCUCCAAGGGCAAGCAGGUCCACGCGAGAGUGCUGAAUCUUGGUUUCUUGGGGAACAAGAUUGUGGAAACUGCUCUUCUGGACAUGUAUGCCAAGUCUGGGGCCGUAUCUGAUGCGAGGAGUAUCUUUGAUGACAUGGGUGGGAAAGAUGUUGUGACAUGGACUGCAAUGAUACGUGGGUAUUCUAAGUUGCGCAUGAUGGAGGAUGCCCGGCAGUUGUUUGACGCGUUGGAGACCCGAAACGACAUGAGUUGGACGACCAUGGUCGCAGGGUAUGCAAAUUGUGGUGACAUGAACGCAGCUAGGGAGUUGUACGAUAAGAUGCCGGGCAAGAACUGUGUUACUUGGGUUGCUAUGAUUGCAGGGUAUGGGAAGAUUGGGGAUGUGACUAAAGCGAAGAGAGUAUUUGAUGAGGCACAAGUGAAGGAUGCAGCAUGUUGGGCAGCGAUGUUAAGUUGUUAUGCACAGAAUGGCUAUGCAAUGGAAGCUUUGGAGAUGUAUAGGGAGAUGAGGAAAUUGCGAGUAAAAAUCAAUGAUGUGGCCGUCGUAGGGGCUAUUUCUGCUUGUACACAACUUGCAGACAUAAAAAUGGCAAAUGAACUGGCUGUGCAUGUGGAGGAAACAUGCUGUAGGAGGACGAACUUUCUAUCUGGUGCAUUGAUCAACAUGCAUUCAAGAUGUGGGAAUAUUGAUCAAGCACAGACCGAAUUUAGAAGAAUGAAGAACAAGGAUGUGAUAUCCUACAGCUCAAUGAUUAGAGCCCUCAGCGACCAUGGGAAGGGUCUUGAAGCUCUAGAGCUGUUCCAGGAGAUGCUAAAAGAUGGUAUUAAACCAAACCAUAUAACUUUCGUUUCUGUACUUAGUGCAUGUAGCCAUGCUGGAUUGGUGGAAGAAGGAUUGAUGCAUUUCAGUCUGAUGACAAAGACUUUUGGUAUUGAGCCAUUGAUCGAGCACUACUCAACCAUAAUUGACCUCCUGGGAAGGGCUGGCCAGCUUGAGAAGGCAUAUGAUAUUGUGAUACACUCUCAGGGCGUCUGUGACGCCGGUGUCUGGGGUGCUCUACUAGGAGCUUGCAGGGUCCAUGGCAAUGUGGAGUUGGGAGAGAUGGUAGCGAAAAAGCUAUUUGCAAUCGAGCCUGAGAAUACUGGAAAUUAUAUGCUUUUGGCAGAUAUUUAUGCAUCUGUAAAUAGAUGGGAGGAGGCAGAGAAAGUGAAAGGGCUGGUGAGCGAAAGAGGAUUGAGAAAAUUACCUGGAAGUAGCUGCAUAUGAAUGUGGAUAUAUUGGCUUGACAACAUAUUCUAGGAAAUCUGGUCGGAGAGCUAUGCUUUUCUUCCCUUUGUUGUUAUGGGAGGUUAAGAAGAGAGUAUUUUUGGGUGAUUAUUAUUUGAUGACUGCUUCCUCGAUGGCAUGGGUGAUUAGUUUUGUCAUCACUACGCAAUAGUGGGAACAGCCCCUGGAUAUCCUUGCUGGAGCCGGUCGAUAUGGAAGAAUUGAAAAGUCAUGAUUUGUUGGAUGCCAAUGCAUUGGUUGAAGUCUCACUAGGACGAUGAGCAACAAGAAUGCUCUGACGUACUCAUGAUCUGAAGCUAUAACCUUGAAUGAUCAGUGUGAUCUCCACACUUGAAAGGUCAUGGGUUUCAUAAGCAAGAUGCAGAAAGCUCCAGCUUCCAAUCCUUUCGAUGCGGCAUGCAUGGUGCGGGACAUACUUCCUACAAGGUGGAAGAGUGUCUGAGGAUGGUGUACUGCAGAGAAUGUAACAAUCUCUGCAUCCCCUGCUUGAUUGCCUUUGCCAAUACUUCCUCCAAUUGGGACUCCUAGGCGGAGCCUCUACAAUUUCACGCCGCGUUUGCAUGAUCGCACCGGAACAGAGAACCCAGUCGUGUAGAGGACGAUAAGCUUAGGCGUAAAGACACUAGCUGCCCUUUGAUCACGAGUUUACUCUCUGAAGAAACAAGACGAUGAAAAUUCGUUCCAUUAAACGCAUUUGCUUUUGCACUUGAUUCUUUGCCACUUGGGGAAAAUGGCAGCGAUAA